AUGAACUGUAUAUAUAUAAAUAAUAAUCCUAAUAAAAAUAAUAAAAUAAUAUCAAAUGAUAAACCAUUGUAUAAUAAUAAUAAUAAUAAAAAUGAUAGUGACAAUAAUUUUAUAAAAGAAACUUUUAUGGAAUGUGUAGAAUGUGGUCUUUUUGAAGAAUUUAACGAAAUGGAUUUUGCCAAUGUCAAAAAUAUAUUAAAUUGUCUAGAGUGUUUCUAUCCAAAGUAUAAUCAUGAAGAAGUAAUGGUUGCAUCUGCAGUUUUAUGUUGGGUAUCUCUUUUUGAAGAAUUAUUGGAAGACAAUCAAACCAAUCAAGAACAACAACAAAUCCUAAUUAAAAAAUACAAAGAUAUACUCAUUGCUGGUAAAAAUAGUCUAUAUAUUAGAGAUACAGAGUAUAAUAAUUUAACACCAUUGGAAAAGUAUUCAUUAGUAAUUAGAUUUAGACUAUUAAAACCAACAUCACAAAAAAGAAAUGAAAUGAUAUUCGAUAUCUUUAUUCAUUGCCUUAAUGAAUGGUUUCAUUCAAUAACCACUAAAACCAAAAGCGAUAGUGUAACCGUUGGUAUAUAUUUUUUAAUUGCUAUAAAUAGUUCCACUACAGAUCCAUUAAAUAUAUCCUAUGAUGAUGUAUAUAACUCUUUUCUUUUUUAA